AUGCCCUACCCACCCCGUUGGAGCUACGCCGCUGCAGCUGCCACACCGCGUCUCCUUUGGCCUGGCAGGCACCCCUUGUUCCCGUUGCUGGCGCUCGUGUUUGAAAAAUGUGAAUUGGCCACCUGCUCCCCCAGGGACACGUCUGGCUCUUACCCGGGAGGUGACGUCUGCUCUUCGGAUUCCUUCAACGAGGACAUCGCUGUUUUUGCCAAACAGGUUAGGACAGAAAAACCUCUAUUUUCUUCGAAUCCCGAGCUGGAUAAUUUGAUGAUGUUUCGGAUCAGAGCUCCCCCCGGGGGCAUCGGCGGAUUUUACCGUGGCUUUGGGGGCCGUUUUGUGGUUAGAUCAGGCGGCAAAUCCACAGGACCAUGUGCCAUUUCCCCAGCGGACCUAACCUCGUUGACCUCCAUUCUGUCGCAAAUUCGUUCUAUUUUUUCCCCGAGCAAACCUGGGCCACGCUUUGACCUUGUUCUCCUCUGUCUUCUCUCUUCUCCUGCACAGCAUCCCUAUCCCUCAGAGGAACAGAAGAAGCAGCUGGCUCAGGAUACAGGACUGACCAUUUUGCAAGUGAAUAACUGGUUUAUUAACGCUAGGCGGCGUAUAGUUCAGCCCAUGAUUGACCAAUCAAAUCGCACAGGUCAGGGAGCCCCAUAUAGCCCCGACGGGCAACCGAUGGGAGGCUACGUUAUGGACGGCCAACAGCACAUGACGAUCCGUCCCCCAGGACCAAUGGGAAUGGCGAUGGGAAUGGAGGGCCAAUGGCACUACAUGUAAGCCUUGACCUCACUGCUGACGUCAGAGGGGAAGAAUCCAGGCUAGGCCGGGUGUGCCGGACAACACGCCCCACCAGGCUUACGGGCACGAGACUCGCGGCUCGUUGGGGGUCUGGCGUGUCCUUCCUCCCACUUUCCCCUCCGUUGAAUGUGCCACCAAGUGUCCUCCCUCCCCAUUCUACUCCCUCCAGCCACGUUGCACUGCCACGAGGACGCGAGGAAGCAACCCCUCCCCGAGACGGACCAAGCACGGACAGAGCAUCCCAUGUUCUCGCGCUUCCCUUCACCAGCUCUCUUGUCUCUCCCACUCCUUUUCCCAAAGAAGAACUAUCCCGCCAGUAGCAAGACUUCCAAGGUUCCGAAUCUCCAGCGGACCUCGUCUGACAAAAGUUUUGGGACCAGAUGACCGAUCACAACACACGUGCUGGACAUUGGUGGAAACUGAUUGCUUACCCCCCCCCCCCCAGCCCCAAUGAAAAUGUAAAACAAGGGAGGGAGAUGGACAAUCGCAUUCGUCUGGAAAGAGAAAAUUGGGAGGGAGAGGCAGAGGGGUUACCUUUUGAUUUGUUGAGUUGUGCUUUAUAAUGUUUUCACCAUGCAGAUAAACACACACACGUUUGUAGGGUCCAGCCACCAACUCUGAGGCAAAAGCAAUCCCGUGGGCACAGCCGUUCUCCCGCCCCCACCUUCCCACUACAGACUUCUUUCCCAAACAAGAUAACGUUCCAAACAGGAUGGUUUUAUUCCACCCCACCACCACCCCUCUUUCUUUCUUUUUUUUCUCCCUGGAUGUUUUAAUUAUUAAUUAAUUAUUGAUGUUGAUGCUCAGAAAGGGGAAGUAAAUUAAAUUGUACAUUUUA